AUAGCCGUGCCUCUAAUAUGUUUGAUGUUUGUUCCCCUCGGAUUUUUCGUUUUCACACCGGUUUCACCUACCAAACCCCUCCGCACAGAUGCUUCAUAAAUGGAGUAGACACGGUGGCUGGAAAUGCUACCGCCGAAAUCAAUCACACAGUGCUGGAGUCUUACAUACCAUACAACCUAUCCGAAAAUGGAAAAUCGGAGUUUGCCCGCUGUUCGAGGUUUGUAAUCACCGAAUCAACAUCAUAUUGGAAUGUUAACACAACGACUACACCUGUGUAUCAACAGACCAACACUACCCGAACAAUGGAAACAUGCCUCGAUGGUUGGAUUUACAUGGACCCAGAAGGUAGAACCAGUGCUACCACCGAGUACAAUCUGGUGUGCGAUGAUGCUUGGAAGAAACCAUUACUUACAUCGGGUUUGAUGAUCGGAUUGUUCCUUGGAAGCAUCAUAUCAGGACCUAUAACUGAUAGGUUUGGAAGAAGAACUACGUGUCUCGUUAACAUGGUAUUAAACACAGUCUCGGUGAUUGGAUUCAGCUUCAUUUCAUCUUACGAAGCUUUAUUGGUUAUGAUAAUUGCUAUUGGGACAAGUCAUAUAAUUUGGUAUUCUUGUACGUUCGUGUUAGCGCAAGAACUCGUUGACAGAAAACACCGAGCCCUUGUCGCCUGUAUGAUUAACGUCAUAUAUGCUAUUGGAUACAUGCUUCUGCCAGCAGUUGCAUACAUUUUCAAAGAUUGGCGUUGGAUUAUAAGAUCCCUUGGUCUUGGCAGUGCAUUUUUUCUUCCGUACAUUUUCCUCCUUCCGGAAUCGCCGAGGUGGCUUGCUUCACAAGGACGGAUUGAUGAAGCAAUUAAAGUAUUAAAACAAAUUGCAGUAAUAAACGGAGUAGAUCAAACGGUAUUGCAAGACCUAAACACAAACAACAUGGAACUGGGAGAAAAUCUUCUUGAAAAAACAAAAGACAAAAACAAUGCAAACAAACAGCGUGAGCGGAGAAGAAGUUCUGUGCAAGUUUUAGCAAAGAAUUCCGUGAUGAGAAGACGAUCAGUAAUGAUAUGUUGGGUUUGGAACGUAACCUUUCUCUGCUAUUAUGCACUUGGUCUCAACACUUCGAAUUUGGGCGGAAGCAACUAUCUAAAUUGCUUUGCCGCAGCGGCUUUGGAAAUUCCAUGCCAUUUUCUCGUAGUUGUUGCAAUUCAGAAAGCUGGACGAAGAUCAAGUCUUACUACCUUUCUAGGACUCGCAGGAAUAUUUGUUGCGCUAUCGCCUGCAUUUCAAAAUUUUGAAGGAGUCUCUAUAACGUUUGCCAUGUUGGGUAAAUUUUUUGCUUCGUCGGCAAUGGGAAUUCUGUAUUUAUACACAUCUGAACUGUAUCCUACUCUUCUUCGAAACACUGGCAUCGGAAUCGCAUCAAUGACGUCACGGUUUGGCAGUAUCUGUGCUCCAUUCCUUGUAUUUGCAGGGGAAAAUGGUAGAAGGAAUAUACCUUUUUAUGUUAUGGCGGCGUUGGGAAUAUCAACUGCUGGACUCUGUUUAUUGUUACCAGAAACAAAACAAUCUCCUCUACCCGACACCAUGAAGGAUGCAAUUGAUUUGGAAAAAUUUAGAUUAUUUUUGUCUUCACGAAAAAAGAACCGCAAUGAGAGUCAAGCUGCUUUGACCAAAGGUGACGAAUACGAUGACGUCAUACAUGACUUUGAAGAUGAACAAAGCAAAGCUGUAGAGAUAAAUGUUUAAAAAUUACGCAUCGCAUUCUGCUCCUGGACAAGCAGCUAUCUAUAUCCACUUGGCAAAGAUUUUCAUAUUCGAAGGCACUAAAAAGAUAGUACGAUGUCUUUGUCGCUGUUUGAAGAUUUUAGCAAGUAUAUUUGAUUUGGCUUUACCGAACACAAAUUAAACUAUGAGCUCUCGGCAGUCGGCACUGCGUACAUUGAUUUAAAUAUUAUUUAAUUUAUCUCUCUCACCAUUUCUUAUCUAACUGAAAAAGUUGUCAAUUAUCAAAUUUGUCUGAAUAUGGGCCACUGAACUUAGUAUCUGUUACUGUAAGAGAAUGGCUAGAUUGUUUUCUUCACGAAAGGAAGGGCUUGAGGCGCGUUGAACUUUCGGAAACUGAAACAUACCAUGAAUAGAUGGUUUAAAAAACAUCAGUUUUUGGCAAGUUUAAUUGGGGUAAGUCUAUUAAGUAGGUGAGAAAAGAGUAAACUAACAUGAGGCAAAUUACACUCAAUUAUCGCAACACACUCCUUUUGUCGAAGGCUGCCUUGAUCGAAUUGGUUUUGGAUUGUAGUAGGCUAGUGAGCUAUGUUUCAUGAUUUUUCUUGCUCAAAACAGCUCUCUGAUAUCUCGGAUAAACAUUCCUGUUGAUAUAUUAUGACUUUGGUGUAGGUACAAACUUGGCGAUAAAAGUGCGGAAUUGGAGCCAAGAAAUUUUACUUACAUUUUCGAAAUUAUUAUUCCGGCAGCGUGUGCAGCUGUCAGAACUCAACGUUUUUGCGUAGUUUCACGUCGUUGCAAGGGGUAUUUCAAUAAAAAAUACAGAAGAAAAAUUGAUUCAAAAUAAGCCUUUGCUCGAUAUAAAUAGGCUAUACCGGUACUUCAAUUUAUUCAUCAAAGUAUUGAAGUUGGAUGGACUAAACUGGCGAUGGAGUGUUUCAAUUUGCUUUUCUUGGGGAGGGCACUAGCUAGACAAUUGACAGAUGAUCAGAAAUACAUUCCACCAAAACAGUACUGUUUAUUUUUCAUUGUAAACAUUUGUCCAUAUAGACUGUAUAAAUAGCAGAGCUUGAGGUUAUUCUGGUAGGACAAUUUAUCAGAGAAUAAUAGGCCAUGGUGUGCAUGAUCUCAAGAAAUAAGCUGGUGAAUAUAUUAGACUCAUCAAGAAGAAUAUAGUUGAAGUUCCUAUUCGGUCGCUUGAAUCUCGAUUUUCAAAAUUUUCUGAGGACUUUUGCAUGAUACCUCGAGUCCUCUCAAUUGAAGACAUCAUCUAGAAUUCCACUUGGUCACCACGAAUAAUGGACAAAAUUUUAUUUCGACUUCAGACGGGA